GUCCGAGUCUUCCAGUUUUGAGUGACGGGGUUCCCAGUGACAUUAGUUGGUGACCGGUGACAUCGAGCAGCAUACAGCGUAGCACUGGUGCGAAAAGGAUAUACAGUGGUGUUCGUGCCAACCAAUUAUCACCGAGAUAUUUUGUCACUGGUGUGAAGGAGAGCAGCAUUGACUUACGUAAAAACGUGGCUGGCUGUUUUUGUGGUCCUGCAACCCCUUGAUGUGCUGAAACUGAGCCAAUAAUUUAGCAUUCAACACCAUGACUACAAAAUAUUAUCAUUAAGUGUUACAGAUGCACUCAGGGCAUAUGACUGUCCAUUAGAAACCAAUUACUUUCUCCAUUGUGUCAAUGUCUGAAGGCACAAUGCCUGGACGUAGCAAAGUCAAACAAAGGAGCUCAAACAAUGCCAAGCCGCUUAUCACAACGCCACGUGGGACUAUCAAGCCACACAAGGACUUUGACGAGGAAGCAGCCACCGGCCAGGCCAAGAAGCUGCAUCGCGCACUGCAGAAACCCGUUAACAUGGCCGUCGUGAUCAGCAUCCUCACCAAAUACACCGUCGAAGAGAGAAAGUACCUCGAGGACGUAUAUAAUGUCCAGUUUGAUGAGAACCUCGAUGCCGCGCUGCGGCGUGAGACCUCUGCGAAUCUGCAGGCCACCCUGCUGGCCCUCAUGCAGUGGGAGAACCAGUUCCUGGCCAGCUGGACACGCCGAGCCAUGAAGGGUCUGGGCACGGACGAGAAAACUCUCAUCGAGAUCUUCUGCGGCCGUUCGCAGGCAGAGGUACAGAACGUGGUCAAGGCCUACCAGAGAAUGCACGGCCGCUCUCUGGAGGCCGAGCUUCGAUCGGAGCUGAGCGGCGACUUCAGGCAGCUGAUCCUCGGGCUCGUCCAGCUGGGUCGUAACGAAGACGAGCUGGUGGGCGAAAACCGCGCCCGCGAACUGGCCGUCGAGCUGCACGCGGCCGGAGAGGCGCGACGCGGCAAGGACGCCGCCGUGUUCGUGCGCAUCUUCUGCGAGACGGGCUGCGCGCUGUUGCGCAGGGUGUUCGAGAUCUAUCCGCAGGUGAGCGCCAAGGCCAACAGCAUCGAGAAGGCGAUCCGGUCCGAGUUCAGCGGCGACAUGAAGACCGGCCUGCUGACGAUGGUGCAGUGCAUCUCUGACCAGCCGGCCUACUUUGCCGAGAAGCUGUACCGGGCGAUGCGCGGCCUGGGCACCGAUGACGGAGCCCUCAUUAGGAUCCUGGUAUCGCGGUCCGAGAUCGAUCUGGAGAAUGUCAAGGAGAAGUACCAGCUCAACUACGGAAAGAGCCUGGCGGCGGCGGUGGCUGAUGACACUUCGGGUGACUACCGCAAGUGCCUGUUGGCGAUCAUCAAGUCUUGGGCCUAGAUGGCAAAUAAAACAAAGACAAAACUGAACGGCUCUUAUUUAUUCAAGCAAGAGCGUGAAACACGUUGUACAGCCCACCGCUAAAGUAAUGUGUGGUUUUACCAAUCUCAACGAUGGCUUUGACCG